AUGUGUGGUGAUGGAUGGGAUUAUUGGGACUGGAUGGUUGAAUGUUUGGGCUACAAAGCUGCCGGUUCUCCUUGGUGUGUAUCAAAACACGUUACUGGCCGAGCCCCCGAAGCUAAAAAUGAUUUGCACCUCGAAUACGAAAUAUACCUACUUUGCCCAAAAAACCUCACUCAUAUCACUGUGAUCACAGGAUCGGAACAGAGAACACCUACAGGAUCUUAUCUUUCUUUGUCCACUACAAUUACAGUUUCUACUUCUUCAUCGGCUGUAUCAACCGAAGCUGUCGUUUCUACUUCAACUGGUAAAACCACUACACUUACAACUACUCUUGGAUCAACUACAAUUUAUGCAAUUGGCACCGAAACCCUGACAGGAAAUGCAACGGAAUCAACCAGUACCGCUACACAAAUUAUUUUGACAGGUGGUGGAGGACAUUCCACAACAACCAGUUCUAUUAAUGGAACAUCCAAUUCAACAGCAACAGCAACAUCAACCUCCAGCUCUGCAAAAGCAACCAACACAACUCCCUGCAACAAUUUCGUUGAAUUCUGCGAUCGUAGCUACGGAAACAUCACCGAAGUAUCCGCGCACAAUUCGCCUUUCGUUCGAAAGGGCAGUGUAGCUGCAAAUCAAGAAUUAGACGUCACAACCCAACUCAACGAUGGAAUUAGAUUAUUACAGGCUCAGAUUCAAUGGAAUGGAAGUAUUCCCCAUUUCUGCCAUACCUCCUGCGACAUAUUAGACGCAGGACCGAUCACAGAUUUUCUCGGCAAAGUCUACAACUGGGUAUCCGAACAUCCAUUCGACGUCGUAACGAUUCUCCUCGGAAAUGGCAAUUACUCCCAAAUCGACGCAUAUAUCCCUUUCCUCGAAGAAACCGGUUUACAAAACUACGCCUAUGUGCCCCCCAAAAUCCCCAUGGCCAUCGACGACUGGCCCACACUAGCCAGCAUGAUCCUAAGCGGCAAACGCGUCGUCAUAUUCAUGGACUACAACGCCAACCAAACGGCCUACCCAUGGGUCCUAGACGAAUUCACAAACAUGUGGGAAACGCCCUUCGAUCCCACCAAUCGCUCAUUCCCCUGCAUACCAGAACGCCCCCCCAAUCUCAACGACGCAGAUGCUAAAUCCCACUUCUACAUGACCAAUCACAAUCUCAAUUACGAUAUAAAUCUGCUCGGAAUCUCGCUAUUGGUGCCCUAUCAAAAUCUCCUAAAUGUUACGAAUAAUGUUACCGGGUAUGGUUCUUUGGGUACGAAUGCCGAACAAUGUGUACAGGAUUGGGGAUUUCCUCCGAAGUUUCUUAAUGUGGAUUUUUAUAAUGUGGGGCAGGGAAGUGUGUUUGAGGUCGCUGCGAAGUGGAAUAAUGUUACUUAUGAUCGGGAGUGUUGUGGUGCGGAGGCGGAGAGUGGGACGGGGAGGUUGGUGGGUGCGGGGUGGAGUAUGGUUUGGCUGGUUUUGGGGGUGGUUGGGUUUUUGGGGAUGGGUUUGUGA